AUGUUUGAAGAUAACAAUUUUUAUGAUAAUUAUAAUGAUACUACUAAUAUCAAGCAUUAUGUACCAUCUAAUUUACCUACCUAUUCUUCUAGUGAGACUGCAAACUUUGAGUUAUUUAAUG